GUACGUGACCUUUGCCCGUCCAACUGGGUUUGCACCAUUCCUUCCACCCACAGGAAGGCGAAAAGUAGAAGAGGGAAAACAGCAAUCUAAAAAAAAAAAGAAAAAAGUAGUAGAAGAGGGAAAAAGGAGAAGUGGGGACGGAAGGAGCUCCAAGGUGGAAUCCAUUCCAUCCUGAGACCUGAAAUCCAUCCAUCACGCCCUUGGCCUUGGCAGCCGCAGCAGACGACUCGCCUACUCUGCGCCUGCCUGAGCCGGGGAAGGAGGAGGAGGAGGAGGGAGCCGCCGACGAAUUGGGAACAAGGAUCACGCCAGGUAUCGACUGACUGCCGGAUCACUGUAACAAGAUGAGCGACAAUCUCAUGGACAAAGUUAACGCCCUGGGUGAGCGCCUCAAGAUCAGCGGCGCGGAAGUCAGCCGCAAGAUGUCCACCGGCGUCACUAGCAUGAGUUUCAAGAUGAAGGAGUUCUUCCAAGGCCAGAACAUGGCCGACAAGAUUGUUGACGAGGCCACCUUGGAGACCAUGGACGGCCCUGAUUGGGCUACCAAUCUUGAGAUAUGCGAUAUGGCCAACACCGAGAGGGUCAACAGCGUCGAGCUCAUCCGCGCCAUCAAGAGGCGAAUCAUGCUCAAGAGCCCGAGGGUGCAGUAUCUGGCUCUUGUCCUCCUCGAGACCAUUGUCAAGAACUGCGAGAAGGCUUUCUCCGAGAUUGCUGCGGAGCGGGUCCUUGAUGAAAUGGUGAAGCUUAUUGAUGACCCGCAGACUAUAGUCAACAACAGAAACAAGGCGCUCAUGCUUAUUGAAGCAUGGGGGGAGUCAGGAGAGGAGCUCCGCUACCUUCCCGUGUAUGAAGAAACAUACAAGAGCUUAAGAUCUAGGGGAAUUCGCUUCCCUGGCCGCGAUGAUGAGAGCCUUGCGCCAAUAUUUACUCCUCCCCGUUCAGUACCUGCAGCUGAACCAUAUUCUGAUGCAGCACAGGACGGGUAUCAAGAAAUUCCAGAUGAAAGUUUUGCUCCAGUCCGUGCUGCCCCUUCUGUACAAGUCGACGAGGCUUUUGAGGUGGCUCGCAAUAGCGUUGAACUUCUGUCCACAGUGCUAUCAUCAUCUCCACAAAAAGAGGCUCUAGAGGAUGACUUGACUACCACCCUGGUCCAGCAAUGCCAACAGUGUCAAUACACAAUCCAGAGAAUCGUCGAGACUGCAGGUGAUAACGAGGCUCAACUCUUCGAGGCACUGAGCAUCCACGAUGAACUCCAGAAAGUUCUGUCCAAGUACGAAGACCUCAAGGAGCCCAUCGUCGCAGAGCCUGAGCCAGAACCAGCAAUGAUUCCAGUCACGGUGGAGCCUGAGGAAUCCCCACGCGCUGUUGGCAAAGACACCCCCGCAAGGAAAUCAGCUGGGUCCGGUGGUCGCUCUACUGGCGGGGAUGACUUGCUUCAGGAUCUCGACGACAUGAUCUUCGGUAAGAAAGCCGGCACCUCCUCCCAGCAGGAAAGGACUCCCCGGAAGGAGAAGAAGGACGAUUUCAUCGGCUUGUGAUCAACGGGUAUAUAUGUAUCUGUCCGGCUGAAACUUGUCAUAAAGGUGUUGCGUGCUCAGUGCAUUUCCAAACUAUGAUACAGGUUUGUGCUUGCGCGUCUAUCUUCUCCUGUAUCCCGGGGAUUGCUGUACAGUGGUGAUGUCUAACGUGGCAGUGAGUUUCAUGUGACA